AUGAGAGCAUCAGGCGUCGCCGAAGACUACAGUGAGAAGUCACAACUGCUGGACGAGUUGUCUUCCGUUUACGACGACUGGAAGAAGCGUGACAAGUUGCGCCUGGAAGAUGUUAUGCGUGAGGCGGAGCGAGUCGAGACGAUGGGGGCAACAAUUCGUGAAGAAGCGAUGCAGUCAUUGGGCAAACGCAAGAAGAUCGACCAAGUCGACGGUGAUGCCGGCGGCGGCAACAACGGAGGCACUUUAGCCAAGAUGAUGAAGAUGAUGCAUGACGACAACAACGCUGAACUGGAGUUUCGUAAGUACCAGUACGAAAAAGACCAAGAAGAGCGUGAAGCUGUGCGAUCCCGCGAAUAUGAAGAGAGACGCAACUCAAUUACGCAUGCAUCUUGA